AUGGAAACGACGCUCGGCUCGAAGAUGGCGGCCGAGUGGGGCGGAGGACCGGGGUCCUCGGGUUCAGGCCCGGGCCCUACCCGGUGUCGCUGGAGCGGUUCUUUAUGGGUCCGAGGCGUCUUACUCCUGUUGGGCGGGCUCUGGGCAAGCGCCACAUCUAUUCCUGUCUCCUUGGGCAGUUCCCCGCCCUGCCAGCACCACGUCCCCUCUGACACUGAGGUCAUAAAUAAGGUCCAUCUGAAAGCAAAUCAUGUUGUAAAGAGAGAUGUUGAUGAACAUUUAAGAAUCAAGACUGUCUAUGAUAAAAGUAUUGAAGAGUUGCUCCCUGAGAAAAGAUACCUUCUAAUGAACAAGCUUUUUCCACAAGCUAUUUCUUAUUUAGAGAAGACUUUUCAGGUUCGUAGACCUGCGGGCACUAUCUUACUUAGCAGACAAUGUGCAACAAGCCAAUACCUACGGAAGGAUAAUGAUCCCCAUAGAUACUGUACUGGAGAAUGUGCAGAGCAUACAAAAUGUGGCCCAGUUAUAGUGCCUGAGGAGCACCUCCAGCAAUGCAGGGUGUGCCGUGGGGAUAAGUCGCCCUGUGAAGCAGUGGGUAUGCAAGACCAAGAGGGCAUCCUGGAUGCAGACUUUGUUCUUUAUGUUGGUGCUCUGGCCACUGACAGGUGCAGCCAUGAAAACAUCAUCUCUUAUGCAGCCUAUUGUCAGCAGGAAGCAAAAAUGGACAGGCCAAUAGCAGGAUACGCUAACCUGUGUCCAAAUAUGAUCUCUACCCAGCCUCAGGAGUUUAUUGGGAUGCUGUCCACAGUGAAACAUGAGAUUAUUCAUGCCCUGGGUUUCUCUGCUGGCCUGUUUGCAUUCUACCAUGAUAAAGAUGGAAAUCCUCUAACGUCAAGAUUUGCAGAUGGUCUCCCACCUUUUAAUAACAGUCUUGGAUUGUAUCAAUGGAGUGAUAAAGUAGUUCGAAAAGUGGAGAGAUUAUGGGAUGUUCGAGAUAAUAAGAUAGUUCCUCACACUGUGUAUCUUCUAGUAACACCUCGUGUUGUCGAUGAAGCACGAAAACAUUUUAACUGUCCAAUUCUGGAGGGAAUGGAACUGGAAAAUCAAGGUGGUAUGGGCACUGAGCUCAACCAUUGGGAAAAGCGGUUAUUAGAGAAUGAAGCAAUGACUGGUUCUCACACUCAGAACCGAGUCCUGUCUCGAAUCACUCUGGCGUUAAUGGAGGACACUGGUUGGUAUAAGGCUAAUUACAGCAUGGCAGAGAAGUUGGACUGGGGCCGAGGAAUGGGCUGUGACUUUGUCAAGAAGAGCUGUAAAUUCUGGAUUGAUCAGCAGAGACAAAAGAGGCAGAUGCUGAGCCCUUACUGUGACACACUCAGAAGUAAUCCAUUGCAGCUAACCUGCAGGCAGGACCAGAGGGCAGUUGCAGUGUGUAAUUUGCAGAAGUUUCCAAAGCCUUUACCUCGAGAGUACCAGUACUUUGACGAACUCAGUGGAAUACCUGCAGAAGAUUUGCCUUAUUACGGUGGUUCAGUAGAAAUUGCUGACUACUGCCCUUUCAGUCAAGAAUUCAGCUGGCAUUUAAGUGGUGAAUAUCAGCGCAGCUCAGAUUGCAGAAUAUCGGAAAAUCAACCAGAUCUUUUUAAAAACUAUGGUGUUGAAAAGUAUGGACCUCAUUCAGUUUGUCUACUUCAGAAAUCAGCAUUUGUCAUGGAAAAGUGUGAGAGGAAGCUGAGUUACCCAGACUGGGGGAGUGGAUGUUAUCAGGUUUCUUGUUCUCCACAAGGUCUGAAGGUCUGGGUCCAGGAUACUUCAUAUUUGUGUAGUCGGGCCGGGCAAGUCCUCCCUGUCAGUAUUCAGAUGAAUGGCUGGAUUCAUGAUGGAAACCUGCUCUGCCCAUCAUGUGGGGACUUCUGCGAGCUCUGUCCUCCAGAAACAGAUCCUCCAGCUACUAACUUGACCCGAGCUCUACCACUGGAUCUCUGUUCCCGUUCCUCUAGCCUGGUGGUCACCCUCUGGCUUCUUCUAGGCAAUCUAUUUCCACUGCUGGCUGGAUUUCUUCUGUGUGCGUGGCACUAGGAAUGGAAAAGUGAAUUCUCAAGACAUUCCUUUGUGUCAUGUUCCUCUGAACAAAGCACAAAAUCUGGGCAAGUGCCAGCCUAUGCAGAUGGCAGAAGUGGCAUUCCUGACUUAGGCUUGCAAGUGUUGACCACAGUCA